GAGCAAUCUCCGAACUCAUCUCUGGUAUCUAAUACUUUCUGGAUUAAAUACGCACAUUACGGAAAAUGGUAUCCAAGGAUGGUAGGGAGAUGGAUCAUGAGCUUGCAAAGCGACUUUUUGAAAUUGGGGGGACUCUUGUUUUAUUGAACGUUCCUCCUGGUACUGAUUUUGGGGUUGACAUAAAGUCUUGGACAACGGGAGAGGAUUUCAAAGGCGUAAAGAUGAUUCCGCCAGGAUUUCAUUAUGUCCACUACAGUGCAAAAAAUGAAUUUGGCGAACUGGCUCCUAGAGUAGGUUUCAUUCACAUCUUUAAAGAGUCCGAAUUAUUGGUAAAAAAGUGGGAAGUAAAAGAAGAGGAUUUUUCCUUUGAAUCUAUUCCCAAGGAUACUGUAAGUAACAUCAAAACAGAUUUAAAAAAUUUGGAUAGGUUUCUAGGACCAUAUCCAUUUGACAUGUGGUUAAAGUGGCAAGAAUUAACAAGUAAAGUUGAUGCCAAUAUCGUGGAGAGAUGUGCCCCAGUAUGUGGGUACGGUAAAUAUUAUGUCAAUUAUAUUCGUUCAGCUUUGGAGCUUGAGCAUUGCAGUGACGCGUCAAGGCCUAGAGGAGGAGAACCGGUUAAAAAGCAAAGAAGAAUUGGUCGACUUUCUAGUAAAGAACGAGAAAACCAACUAUUACCUGACUUGAAACCUAAGCCAGGCACGGAACUUAGGUUGACCGAGUUGCCUGAUAAAUAUUUUCCUGACGGAGCAACACCGUCUGAAAUUACACAACAUUCCCUUGACAACAGUUAUGCCCUCGAUCAGUUUCUGAACAAGCUGAAUCAUCCAAUGGAAAUAAUUGGGGAAUUGCAGUUGGCAUUCGUAUGUUUCCUCGCUGGGCAAAGUUUGGAUGCUUUUGAACAUUGGAAAGGACUAGUAGAACUUUUAUGUGGAGCAGAUGCAGCGAUUCCUUCUCGUUUGGGGGUGUACAUUGAAUUUUUGCACAUACUCGAAAUACAAUUAUCCUAUGUUCCCGAGGAAGUGCUUUGUGAUAUAGUUGCUGGCAAUAAUUUUGUUUAUUGCAAUCUUCGUAAAUUAUUUGCUAACAUUGAGCAAAAUUCACAAAUUGAUAGUUUUCUAAAAUCCCGGGCAGCCCGAAUGCGAGGAAAUCUUACUACCAAGUUUAUGUGGGAUUUUUCCCAUUUACAGGACGACGAAGAAGACGAGGCUCCUGUGGUAGUGGAGCUGGAAUAAAUUGUGUCUUUAAGGAA